CCCCGCGGCCGGCGGGCGGCGGGCGGCGGGCAGCGGGCGGCGGCGGACCGAGAGCCGGAGACCGGCGCCGCGGGACGGAAGCGAGCGGGCGCGGGCGCCGCGCAGAUGGCCGGGGCGAGCGAGAUCUGAGGCUCUGCUCCCCGAAACGUGACCAUGUGGAUUCAACAGCUUUUAGGACUCAGUUCCAUGUUCAUCCGCUGGCCCGGCUGCUCCCUAGGAAGCCAUGCUUGGAUCCUUAUAGCCAUGUUUCAGCUUGCCCUGGAUCUGCCCGCGUGUGAGUCCCUGGGCCCGGGCCCCGAGUUCCGGCUACUGCCUCGGCCACCCCACCGGCCGCCUCGCUUGUGGAGUUUUAAGAGUGGACAGCCCGCCCGGAUCCCCGCACCCGUGUGGAGCCCCCGGCCACCCCGCAUGGAGCGCGGACACAGUCACGGACAGAUGCCAAGUCCCCGGGCCCGACGGGCGCACAGACCCAGGGACCAGGAGGCCACUCUGGGGCCCAAAGGGGGGCUGGCCAAGCCCCCAGCUGCUGCCAAAUCCAGCCCUUCCCUGGGCUCCUCCCCCACCUCCUCCUCCUCUGCAGGGGCCAGCGGGGCCCCCACGGACCAGCAGGCCCUCCUGCGGCGGGGGAAGAGGCACCUACAGGGGCCCGCUUUCAACAGCUUUGACUUCCGGGGCAGCAGGCCCACCACGGAGACGGAGUUCAUUGCCUGGGGGCCCACCGGGGAGGAGGAGGCCCUGGAAUCCAACACAUUCCCGGGCUUUUACGGCCCCACCACGGUCUCCAUCUUCCAAACGCGGAAGACAACUGUGGCCUCCGCCACCACCACGGCCACAGCCACCACGGCCCCCUCUGUGACACUGCAGACUCAAGGGGUCACCGAGCCCCUGGACCCCAGGAGUAGGAUCCCGGUUGGGGUAAGCACAACGGAGCCUUCCACCAGUCCCAGCAGAGACAGUGGCCAAGACAGCCAGCCCCCGCGGGUUCUGGGGGAGACCUCAGGUUUGGCCGUCCAUCAGAUCAUCACCAUCACCGUCUCCCUCAUCAUGGUCAUAGCUGCUCUGAUUACAACUCUUGUCUUAAAAAACUGCUGCGCGCAGAGUGGGAACCCACGUAGGAACAGCCACCAGCGGAAGACGAACCAUCAGGAGGAGAGCUGCCAGAACCUGACAGACUUCACGCCUGCUCGGGUGCCCAGCAAUCUGGACAUCUUCACGGCCUACAAUGAGACCCUCCAGUGUUCCCACGAGUGUGUCCGGGCAUCCGUGCCCGUCUACACCGACGAGACGCUGCAUCCGGCCGGGGAGUACAAGUCCACGUUUAAUGGGAACCGGCCCUCUUCUUCUGAUCGGCAUCUUAUUCCUGUGGCCUUUGUGUCUGAGAAAUGGUUUGAAAUCUCCUGCUGACUGGCCGAAGUCUUUUUUACCUCCUGGGGGCAGGGCAGACGCCAUGUGUCUGUUUUAUGGAUUCCGUUGGUGAACCUGUAAAAAAAAAUUAAAAAUUACAAAAAAAACACAAAACCUAAAACUAAACUAUCUAAGGGGAGGGUCCCCACCCCUACCACUUCUGUUUGCCGGUGGGGAACUCUCAGAGCAGGACGCUAUAGGCCAAAUAUAUUUUUAUAAAAAUGCUGACGCCUAUGGGGGACUGCCUUCUCCCAGAGCUCCUUUGGGAAACAGAAAGAAGACCCAGCAGAAGGACCCGGAGACAGAAAAAGGGCAGGAGGACGCACCAGAAGCUGGAGUUUGUACUUCGAUUCUGAACCUGUGCCAAUAAUACCAUUAUGUGCCAUGUACUGACCCGAGAGACUUGGUGACAAAGCCAAAGCCAAGCGAACCAUAAGGAGUAAAACUUACAGAAAACAGGAGUGGGCAUCUCUUCUGUAGAGUCACUAUUUCUGGUUAAUAUACAUAUAUAAAUAUAUAAAGACACACAGAUACACACACACACACACACACCCCUUUUUUGUACCGUAGCAAUUUUUGAAGACCUUCAAUGUUCCUUUUUAAAAAAAAAAUGUGUUCUCGGUUACAAAAUCUGAUUUCUUUAACAUGCUUAGUAUGAACAGGAUGAACUGGUGUUUUCUACUUUGCAGGCUCAUACACAGGCACACGCGCACAUACACACACACGUCCGCACAUAUAUAUGCAUACACUGGAAAUGCAGUUCCACGUGUGAGCAUAUUCUUCUGGUGACCUGGUGUCUCAUCGCUGUCCAGCCUGGGGCGGUCGUGAUGCGCAGACAAGACCCUCGAAUGGCAUGUCCUGCGUUUGCUGUGUAUUUGGUGAGUGGCACCGGGUGUGUGAUUUCUUAUGUUGGGCCAGAAUGAAGAUCGCCAUGGUUUUAUCUACAUACAUACAUACAUACAUAUAUAUAUAUAAUCUCUAUACAUAUAAAUACGAUCUUUUUUCAUUGAGUUGUUCGGAGAAGCUUCCUAAUAGCCAUGUGCACACGUGUGUGGCCGGCCACUUACAAACGGGCCUGAGCAUCAGAUUGGGGGAGGGGGGUUGGCUGGCGGAUUCUUGGCCAUCUUUGUGUUAUACAAGCAUAGACCGAAUUAAAGGAAUUUUCCAGUUCCCAGAA